UCGGCACAUAAUCGACUCGCGUUCGAGGCCUACGCUAAAACAUAACGCGAGUCAGCAAUUUACCCGUUGAAAAUGCCUCCUAAAUUGAAAUUUGGCGAAGGUGAACGUAUUCUGUGCUACCAUGGUCCUCUGAUCUACGAAGCAAAGUGUAUGAAAGGGCAGAUGAAGGAUAAAGUGACAAGAUAUCUCAUUCACUACAACGGUUGGAACAAAAAUUGGGACGAGUGGGUACCGGAAAAUCGGGUGCUUAAAUUUAACGAGGCUAAUCUUCAGAAACAGAGAGAGCUCAGAGAACAAAACUCAAAAAGCAAGAAAUCAAGAAAGAGAACAGACAAACAAGGAGGGGACAGUGAGAAACCUUUCAAACGCGAGUCAGUUGUGGAUGCCCCCGGGCCAGCUCGGAAAAAGAGAUCAAGGAUAGCUAAUCCAAUAGAAAGUGAUGAAAACUACAUAUCACGUGUGGAUGUAAAAAUAACUAUUCCAGAUGAUCUCAAACAAUGGCUUAUAGAUGACUGGGAUCUUGUUACUCGGCAAAAACAGCUUGUGCCUAUUCCAAGGAAAAAGAACAUUAAAGAAAUUUUGGAUGAGUACAUAAAAUCACGAACUUCUAACCCUGAUGGAAGGUUCAAGCCAGGAGUUGUUCAAGAGGUUGCAGAUGGUAUUCAGGAGUAUUUCAAUGUUAUGCUUGGAACGCAUUUGCUUUACAAAUUUGAAAGGACUCAGUAUGGUGAUGUUCUUGCUGAACACACCAAUCUUCCUAUGUCUCAUUUAUAUGGUGCAGAACACUUGCUUAGACUUUUUGUGAAAUUGGGGAAUGCCUUGUCUUUUUCCAACUUGGAUGAGAAAAGUGUUCAAUUUGUGGUUACACACAUUCAAGACUUCUUAGACUAUCUGUCAAAGAAUGCAGAUAGUUUGUUUACCACAGACUAUGAGACUGCUACACCAGAGUAUCAUCGCAGGGCGGCAACAUGAAGCAUUUGAAGUAAAGAGUGAUAACACAAAUUUUCAAAUAGCAUGCCCUCUUCCACCUAAACUGUUACAGAAUGUGGUAAAUUAAACUUUUCAGAGGGAAACAUUUCUCAAGAUAAGAAUAUACUGCUUUGUUUUUAUUAGAAAAGGAGGCUUUUGUUUGAUUUCUGAAUGAUACAGACUGUGUGCUAUUGUAGGUUACUUUGUUUACAUUGGAAAGAUUUAUCUCCUUGCUAGUCUUUCAAACAUGGUUCUGAGAAUAAUCUGUUUUCUGAUCCCAUAAUUUGUAUUAACUAAGUUGUGUAUAAAACAUGCUUUGCAUGCUUUGUGCAUUUAAACUUAUUAAGAUUGGUUUGUUUAAAUUCCCACCCCCCUGAGGAAAUAUAAAUUGUGUUCAAGUGCCCCACCCAAUUUUUUUAGUAAAAGGCAACAUUAAGCAACUGUGACAGUCUACUUAUUUACCAAGCUUUAAAAUUAGACCUUGUAGACCUUUUCUUCUCAGCCAUUUACGUACAAAAGUGAACUUUUUUACCUUAAAAUACCUUCAUAUUUUAGUAUACAUUAACUAUUCCACUGGAAAGACUUGAGUCUUUCUGUUCAAACUCCCCACCCCAGCUUGGCAAGGGUUACAUUCCCCACCUCCAGGGCAUGGAUUUCGGCCAAAACCUGAAGGCUUGGAUGUUUUAUGCAUUGAACUGUUAGGUGCAUUGAUGCAUUCAUAUUCAGUCUUGUUCUUUGUCAUGUGUUUGAUUUAUCUGAAAUAUCGAUCAUCACAUUUCUACCUUUGGGUAAUCUAAAAUUAACCCAAAACCAUACAGAGGACUCGACAAGAUGUUAAAAUAAAAGAAAGAAAAUUUUUAUCCAA